AUGGAAACAUCUAACCAAAGUCUUCUCAACACCGUCAAUACCACAUACUUCACAGUGCCGGAGGAUUAUUCAGAUGAUGAUAUUUUUUUUGUUAUUGAAAGCUUCAUUCGAGUAGUAGCCAUCAUAUGUUACAGUAUAACAUUCAUCUUGGGUACAGUGGGAAAUGGAUUGGUCAUCUGGAUUGCUGGAUUCAAGAUGAAGAAGACAGUCAACACUAUAUAUUUUCUGAACCUGGCACUGGCUGACUUCUCCUUCAAUAUCUUCUUACCUCUCCUCAUAACAGAGUGGUCCAUGGAUUUACGCUGGCCCUUUGGUCUGGUGAUGUGUAAAUUGGUAUACACUGCUGUGUUUCUAAACAUGUCCGUCAGUACCACUUUCUUAACGGUCAUCAGUGUUGACCGUUGUAUGUCUGUCCUAUACCCAGUGUGGUCAAAAAAUAAUAGAACACCCAGAAUAGCAAAAAUAAUUUCCAUAUUUACCUGGAUGACCUGUCUGGUCCUUUGCUCCCCUUAUAUAAAAUACUAUAACCUUGACCAUGACAUAGAUAACGAUACCAAUGGAGCGUACUGUGAUGCAGUAUAUUCCAAAGACCAUGAGAAUGUGCAAGAGAGUAAUGCCAUGGUAGUAGUCAGAUUUGUGUGUAUGUUUGCAAUACCAUUCUCCAUCAUUUUAGUUUGCUAUGGCCUCAUUAUGUUUCAACUAAGGAGAAGAAGUAUCUCCCGGUCAAACCGACCUUUCAAAGUUAUCAUUUCGAUUGUACUUUGCUUCUUCUGCUGCUGGUUUCCUUACCAUUUUUGUCCUUUGAUAUAUAUCAUGGACAUUAAUAUUAACUGGAACAUAAGUAUAGUCGUACUUUAUCUUUCACAUUGCUUGGCUUAUUUCAACAGCUGCCUUAAUCCCAUACUCUAUGUCUUUAUUGGUCGGAACUUUGAGAAACGCUUAUUAAAAUCAAUUACGUUUCUUCUGGAGAGCACGUUUAGAGAGAGGUGUGAGCUGAGCUGUGAGCAGCAAUGUGAGGAGACGGUAAAUGCAACUGAACUAGAGACUUAUCAUGCAUGACUUGUCAUAUAUAUUUAUUGCAUGACUUGUCAUAGAGUUUAUUUUACUUGAAGGGACAUUUUAAGCACCAAAACAGCUUUAGCUUAAUUAAGUGGUUUUGGUGUAUAGGUCAUGCCCCUACUGUAUCUCUGCUGAAUU